AUGUUGGGGCGGGUUCGCCAACCGCCAAUGGAUCCUUUUGCGAAAGGCGCUGCCUUCUUCACCUGGACUCUCGGGAAGACGCAGAAGGACUUUUUUUGGCACUACUUUGAAAAGAAACCGACGCGCUUCUCGCACGGGGAGUCAGCGCACUUUACUGAGCUGCCGCUUGCAGUGCCGGCUGUGAGGUGGUCAACAGAAGUCAUGCUUCAGCUUGCGGCCGAGAAGUCGCCGCCGCACGCAACCGACGUCAACAUCGUCUGCUUUGACGCGGCGCAGAAGAAACGCGUUUUUUUUUUUUUUUUGGGAGGAGGGGGGCGGCAUUCUGACGGAAAACGAUAUGCGACGCUGCAUGCGAGAGGGAUGAUCCGUGAGGUUUUUGCGUCCACAAGAGCGCGCCGCCGAGAACUCCGCGGUGCUCGUGCGUAUGGAAGAAAUAUUUGGCUGCUUUUGCGGGCUGAACAGCUACUGGACGCCGGCAAACAGUCGGGGAUUUGCGCCACACUACGACGAUGUGGAUGCCUUUCUGCUGCAGCUUGA